AUGUGGAGCUUUUUCAUUAUUUUCUCUCCGCUUUUGUUCCUUCCAGGAUGUCUUCCAAGAGACCGGCCUCUCCGUAUGGGGAUGCAGAUGGAGAGGUAGCCAUGGUGACAAGCCGGCAGAAAAUGGAAGACGACGAGAGUGGUGCCCUCGCAGCCUUUCACCUUCCCUUGCACGCUAGUUUCCCCAACAAGCCUCACGCUGAAGAGUUCCAGGCGGUUUCUUUGCUGACACAAGAUGUCUGUGACCACAGGAGCCCCACGUACCAACACAGCGCAAUGGAUAUUGAUGGCAAUAAGGUUGUCUCUUCGUUUGCCCCACACAUCUCAGCUACCUCACCCAUGAAGGCCGAUGAAGGUGGAAGGCAAAGUGGCGAGUCUGUGACAAAUAAUUCCCUGGGAACACCUGAGAGGCGCAAAGGUAGCUUAGCAGACGUGGUGGACACGCUGAAACAGAGGAAGAUGGAGGAGCUGAUUAAAAGCGAGCCAGAA